AUUAUUGUCAGAUUGGCCGAUCUGGGUUUGGCGCGUCUAUGUGAACAUACGGAAGUGUGAAUGAUAUGAAUGCCCUAUUGAUGUGAUGACAGUCUUCAGAAAAUAAUUUGAUACAGAACGAUGUGGUUAUCACCCCUGCUUGGCCAUGGAGAAGAAGAAUGGGCGCCCAAAAUCCAAUGACAUCACAAAGUACUUCAGUAUAACCCCACAACCUCUUGGGAGGAAGAGACUAAUUUCUGAGCAGGUGAAAGAGAAACCUAAGAUGGCGCCUUGUCAUAUUGGGGGGUCUUAUGAUGAGGUGCCUCUCUCCGUGUCAAGGUCAACCAGUAGGCUGCACAGACUCAAGCAGAACAGAUACCCCAAAGCAAGAACAAGCCUCGUCAAGGAUAGCCCCUGCUCAGACCCUCCUAAUAAUGUUAUAGUGAUUUCAGAGUCAAGCUGCUCCAGUGCUGACACAGCAUUCAGGAGCAGGGCAGUGAUGGGGUCUGUGGACCUGGCUCAAGUCACUGGCCAAUGCCAUGGAGCAGGAGUUGGACUUACAUCUGGCCAGAAUGAAAUACCAUGUACCCUCACAAUUCAAGCAGCGGUGCAGUCUGCCUCUGGGACAGCCAGGGUCUCGGAUGAGAAGGUGGCAUCCAUUUUCACCAGGAAACACUCACAGAGACAGAUUUUGAAUUGGUGGUCCAGCUCAACACUUAAACGCAGCCAGACUGAGAGGAAGGGGUCAAUUACUUCUGGCUGGAGAGAUACGUUGUCAGGGUCUGUCUGCAAGGGGUCUCUUGAAGAGGUCAAAGUGUCUAACCCACUGUUCUCAGUCAGAAGAGUCUUCACUAUGCUGCUGAAGAAAUACAAAGAGAAUUUACUGGAGUCGGAAAGUCCAGAGACAGAGAUAGGCGCUACAUCUCCUCCUAGCUCUGUAGGAGAGAAGAGGAAACAUCAGAAUGAGAGGGAGGACCCUGAAACUGUACGCAAGCGCCAAAGGUCUAGCCUGGGGUUAGAGGAGACCAGCUUUACUGGGUAUAGUCCCUCUUUAGAACGCCAAGUCAGGGGGUCUCUUAUCCCCUCUUCCAGGGGUCAGCCUAGAAGAAGCAGGCUGAGCCGAACACAAAGACUCAGGCAGCAACAGCACGAGAGUCAAGGUCUGGGGAUAGGUCAUGAACUGACCCCUAACCCACCAAAAUCUCCUCAGAAGGUCUAUCCUGCCCAACCACAGAGAUGCCAAAGGAGAGUUCACAACAUUGAGGAUUUGCUGUGGACAGAGAAGUACCGCCCUCAGCACUCCAGUGAGGUAAUAGGCAACCCUACCUCUGUAAAGAAGCUACACAGUUGGUUAAAGAAAUGGAAACUGAGAGCUGACUCUGAAGAGAAGAGAAAAGAGCGGGAAAGGAAGCUAGAAGAAAACGCCAACAGCAAUGACUCGUGGGACUGUGGUGACUUCCAGGGAGAGGCUGGAGUGGAGGAGAACGGGGAGGAAGAUCUGUGUAGCACCAUGCUGAUCACAGGACCUCCAGGAGUGGGCAAGACAGCCUCAGUAUACGCCUGCGCUCAGGAGCUGGGCUUCAAGUUUGUGGAUAAUCAGAUAAGAUGGGUAAAGCAGAGAACCAGGAGAGGCCUGCACAUGUUCAUUCAGUCAUAUGAUUCACAGAAACAGGUGUUCGAAGUGAACGCUUCCUCCCAGCGCAGUGGUCGCGACGUCCUGACUCAACUGAAAGAGGCCACCCAAUCUCACCUGGUGGAGAUCCAGGGAAGCACCACCCUCGAAUCAUCUCAUCUCAGGAGCUACAACACCUCAACUAAAUCUGACACAGUAGCUGGUCAGCACACCCCGCAACUGAAAAGUAAAGUGGCCUCUCCCAGAAAGAUUUUCUCAUCCUCUAGGAAGGGGCCUCAGCCCCCUUGUAGCUCUCGCCAUAAGAUGGGUGGCAGUGCAGCCUCCAUGAUGCUGGCAAAUUUCUUCAAGAAGAAGAGUAAACCAGAGAUCAUAGACAGCCCUUCAUUAUCUACAAAACAGGAUGAACCCAACAUCUUUGUCUCUCUCAAGACCGUGACCGUGAAGAAGGCAGAUAUUAUUAACCCUAGGUUAGUCAGUCAACUGUCGCCAGACAUUGAAGAACCACCAACAGGUAGACAGAGUAAAAGGAUGUCCACAUCACUCAUUCUAUUUGAAGAGGUUGAUGUCAUAUUCGAUGAUGAUGUGGGAUUCCUCACAGCAAUCAAGACCUUCAUGACGACAACCAAGAGACCUGUGAUACUGACCACUAGUGAUCCCUCCUUCAGUGCAAAAUUUGACGGCGACUUUAAAGCGAUCCUUUUUAAAACACCUUCAGUGGUGAAUGUUUGCAGUUACCUGCAGCUGCUGUGUCUGGCUGAGAACGUAAGGACGGAUCCUGGGGACAUCACCUCUCUGGUGAGCGUGAACCAGGGAGACAUCAGACGUAGCCUACUGCAGCUGCAGCUCUGGAUCUGCAGUGGAGGAGGACAAGUAUCUCAGAGGGCAACCCCACUGAAGGACCCUGCAGGUGGUGUGUAUGGAACUCUGGGUGUUGCUGAAGUGGAAGACAGUGCAGUGGGUGAAAAGACUUCUCCCCGCCAUCCUCCCUGUGAUGUGGGCUGCACUCAGAGCAUGCUGGGGCUCCUGAACUCUGACCACAGCCAUGAUCUGCAGACCACUCUAAAGUGCCAAUCCUGGGCUAAACCAGACAUUGUCAAGCUGAUGGAGAUCCUUACUGAGAGCUGGAGGAGAGGUGUAGCUCUGCUCUACUCAAACCUGGAGGUCCUCCUUCCCCUACCAGUCAGGACCCAGCCCAGUCCUCUCCUCGCCGCAAAGAAAGUGACUCGCCCUAGGCUUCAGAGUGAGCCAACACCCCCUGACAUCCACCCCCACCCUCAGGUCCCACUGAUCCUGGAUCAGACCAGUCCAGUUAAGGUGUCCUCUGGCUCCAGGCUGAGGAGAAAGAAAUGUGUGCCAACAUCUGAUUCCAGAUCAGCUCACAGCAUGUUAGUAAAGCCUUACAGAGCCUCACUGUCACUGAGGAGUACUCAUCCAAGUGCAUCAAAUAUUACUGAGACUGUUAAUGACAAACUUCUAACUGAGAAGAAGGCAGAUGGGUUGGUGUACCACUGCUUAGGUGCAAUAACUGACUUUAUGGACCUCAUGUCCUUCAUUGAUAUCUCUCUACCGAGUGAGUGUCCACAUAAGGCAGGUCCAUGCAGGCCAGGGGCUUUUCUCUGGACAGGGGCAGAGAUUAAGGAUGGACUGCUAGAUGAGAUGAGAGAGGAGGAUCAGGGCUCCUGGAGGUGGGGUUGUGAGAGGACAUUGGAGAUCAAGGCUGCAGUAGAGGGCAUGGGCUUCCAGAGGUGCCUGGCCAGGGUGUCAGGGGUCUGGACUGGAUCCCAGAGGCUGGAGGGGGAGCAGAGGGGGAGGGUGAUGGAGAAACUCACCCUCCCUGUCGCCCCACACAGACAGGGUUUCAGGGUCAGUCAGACCACUUCCUGUGAUCCUAGCAUGGUCCAAAGGAGAUAUGACAUCAUCAGAACCGUCCUCUCAAGCAGAGCUUUCUGCACCUUGGGAAGCAAGCAGGCUGUUGCCGUGGACUACCUGCCUGUCCUCCGCACCAUCUGCCAAUCAGAGAGAACUCAGGAACAGGGCCAAGGCAGGUUUCUGCAUUACCUCAGCAGUACUCACCUGGGCCUCCCUAAGGCCACUGUGAGACUCCUUGCAGAUGAUUUCCCAUAACAAUGACCAUUGAAGUCAGCAAGACUACACAAACAGAUCUGAAACUACUAGGCAACAUUUCUGGCUCUCUACACUGCAUAACAGGGAGGUUAAUGCUAUCAUCUCCCUAUGUUAAUGACUUAUGAUUUAGUGAAUGUAGCCCAUGUGUCUUCAUAAUAAUAAUAAUAAUAUGCCAUUUAGCAGACGCUUUUAUCCAAAGCGACUUAGUCAUGCGUGCAUACAU